AUGGAACGACAAGAAUGCAAAGACAUCAACGAGUGUACCACGGUGCCCGACGCCUGCAAGGGCGGCAUGAGGUGCAUCAAUCAUUUCGGAGGCUACUUCUGCCUGCCCCAGAAUGCCCAGAUCAUCGUUAGUAAUGGUGACGACGAGCCCACCGUGGCCCCUCUGGUGGAGGAACAGCCUCCUCUGGCACCCGCUCCUGCUUUGCCUAUCCAACGGGUCAUCCAGAGCUCUUUCCAAAGCCAGGGCACCAUGCAGUGUGCCGCAGGGUUCGUGGUGGACGAGCUCAACUACUGCCGUGUAUCCGAAGAAGGAGACAGCGGCCUGAUGGAACUGGUACUUCUCCGCUUUGACGUACAAGUGGUUCUCCAGGAGGCGUCCCAGCACUACCCGGACUUGGGCGAUGUGAUCCUCCAAGAUGUGAACGAGUGUGAGGGGAGCAACCCCUGUCAACACCAGUGCUACAACAUCAUGGGCUCCUUCAUCUGCCAGUGUGAGCAGGGUUAUGAGCUAACCUCCAACCAAGCCUCCUGCCAAGAUAUUGAUGAAUGCGCCUUCUCGAGUUACAUGUGCCAGUGGCAGUGUGUGAAUCAGCCCGGAGGGUAUGUCUGUACCUGUCCCGAGGGAUACCAGCUCCAAGGCAACCGAAUGUGCCAAGACAUAGAUGAGUGUGAAACAGGAAACAACUGCCGCGAGGACGAGAUGUGUUGGAACUACUUUGGUGGUUUCCGCUGCUACCCCAGGAACCCUUGCCACGAGCCCUAUGUGAAGACAGGAGAGGGGCGUUGCAGCUGCCAGUCGCUCACAAUUUGCCGAGGCCUGCCGCCGUCCAUCGUCUACAAGUACAUGAGCAUCUCGUCGGAGCGCUCCGUCCCAGCCGACAUCUUCCAGAUCCAGGCAACGAGCGUCUACCCUAACAUGCACAACACCUUCAGGGUCAAGUCUGGCAACGAGGGUGGGGAGUUCUUCCUCAGGCGCUCCAGUAACGUCAGUGCCAUGCUGGUGAUGACCAAGCCGCUGACCGGACCGCGGGAGCACGUGGUCGACCUGGAGAUGGUCACCCACAACAAUGUCCUCAACUACCGCUCCAGCUCUCUGCUCCGGCUCACCAUCAUCGUGGGACCCUAUGCCUUCUAAGUUCCAGUUACAAAUUGCUCUUAAUCACAGAUCUUAAAUCAGUUUACCCGUCCCCAUAUCUCAUAUUAUCCAUUAGAGGAUAAAAAGCAAAACUGGCCUUAGACCAACACACACAGAGCACAUACUGGAGGAGCAGGAGGGUGGAAUCGCCAGGCCACAAUAUAGUCACUUUAUGCAUCACUGGCUAAUGAUAACAUUGUAAGAGCAUAACGUGACUUAAAUUGAACACAACUCUUUCUUACUCAUCCUUUGCUAAAUGUACGUAUUGCACUGUAGUAGGAGAAUGAGUUCUCAUCACAUUGAAAUCGUUGUGAAAUCUCUCAACAUUAGUCUAGUCAAGAUGUCAAGAUCCUGCAGAGAAAUUACCAGUGUUUGAAAUCACACUUGCCCUUUUUAUCUUUUACCAUAGUUGCCAAGUGAGGUUCACAAUCACAUCAUAUCCCCUUUAACAUCACUGAUUUUGUUUGUUUGGAGAGCUUUUCAUUUACGUAGUUGAAAAGAAACGUACAGUAAUGCAAUGUGAUGUCAAUAUAAAUACCAAUUGUCUUUGAAAAGAGACAUAUCUGUUUCAGUUUUCUUGAAGAGAGAUAAUCUUUAUUGGACGGACUAUGAGCUUCUGACCAAAUUACGUGAGAUUUUAGUUCGGGGUUAACCGAGAUUAGAAGAGAGACAAAGGCACCUAAAACAGUCAAGCUUAUUGGUGAAGUGUGAUUUAAUGGGUUACAAGUAUAGUGAUUUGGUGAGGACUGUGAUGGAACAGUUUGCAGUGUGUAGUAAUCCAAUGGCAUCCUUAACGAAUGGAAAUGUAUGAUCACGUCAACCCUCAUCGGAGAGUUGCUCGGCAACCUCUGUCCAAUGGGAAUAAAGCAAUAAUGCUUUUGGACGCAAAAGUGAUAUUUUCAGGAAAUCAUUGGCAGUGUUGUUUGGUCAUAUAGGCAGGGGAAUUGUUGCUUAACAUGUCUGUAUGUGUGCCAGAAUGCCUCUUGAUCCUGCACAGAAUUUCCAGUCAACGAUCUGCAACAAACAGUUAGUCAGGUCAUUUCGACACAGAGUGCCUUUCAUAAGGAGUCAUUGAAUCACAAUUUGAGAUAACUCUGUUUUUUUAGUAGAGGAUUUGACUCCAUGAGACUUUUUGAAAUAAAUGUCAUGCUUGACAAUCAACAAGGAAGCUCAAUUGAAUCAAAAGGUUCCCACUUUGAAUGACAUGCAGUUUCAACUGUGUAUGUACUAUAUAUUGGUAGGUACAGUGUAAAUACAGUAUUGCAUAUCUCUGUGGUUUUAACAGUCAAUUUGAGCAAAUGUCUGUUUAUAAAAACUGUUAAAGAGGUAACAGUUGUAACAGUUGAAGACCUACCAUAAAUAACACUGUGGUUGCAAUGUACCUGCCUAUAUAAUAUACCUAUAUAAUUACCAUGUAGAUACAUAGUUCUGGCAACAAUAUUAUGUGGAAACAAAUGUGGAUACAUUCCAAUAUGAAAAUUAUUUAUUGGGGUGAUAAUAAAAUGUAA